AUGGACACAGGGAAAUCAACGUCACAAUUGUAUUCAGAUAAUAAUAUUUCACAUAACUUUAUCUUUACUCAAAGUCCUAUUCUGGAAAUUCUUCACUUCUGGACGAAUACGGUUCCUGCCAAAAGGGUGGGGAGCAUUAGCACCACCAUUAAUGUUGAGAUUAAACUAGAAUUUGCAUUUACUACUAUCAUCGUUGUUCUCUUUGAACAAACUCCCGUAAAACUCAAUAUUCCAGUCACUUUAAUCACUGUCAUUGGUCUGGUGGUUGGUCUAUUGCUUACCUACAGAACCAAUACCGCAUAUGAUAGGUAUUGGGAAGGACGUAGAUUAUGGUCUACUAUGGUGACGACAAUACGUAAUUUCACAAGAUUUAUUUGGGUACAUGUAGAAGACAAAAAUUCUACUCGGAUAAUCUUGGAGAAAAGGACCGCAAUUAACCUUCUGGUAGGGUUUGCUGUUGCGACAAAACAUUAUUUACGUGAAGAAGACGGUUGUGCAUACGAUGAUAUCCGGCCAUUAAUCUCCAAUGUUCAUUCUAAACUACCUGGAUUCACUCCGAUCGUAAAGGCACACGAUGAUAAUAAUAAUAACAAACAGUCAACUUUAUGGGAUCAAUUAUUUCACCGAACAAAGAAUAUACAAGCGUUUGGUAAGAAAAAAUCUUCAAACAGUGCAUUUGAAAGAGUGUUAAGAAGUCCAAUACCACUUGCUUAUUCUAUUCAUUUGGCACAGACUGUUUGGGUUUAUUGUUUGUCAUUGCCUUUCCAAUUGGUGGGCCAGGCUAAUUAUGCUACUAUUCCUAUUGUAUUCUUUGCUUCUAUGGUGUUGAUUGGUAUUGAAAGAAUAGUAAAAGAACGAAGUGAGACUAAAAGGGAAAUGAGAAGUAUUGAAGAGGGUGAUGAGAAGAGGAAAGAAUUAAAAUUAAAAUUAAUCAAUAAUAUUUCUAUUUUUUAUUUAUUUAGACAUAUUAAAGAUGAACUUGAUGGAAUCAUUUCAUCUUCGAUUCGAUAUGAACCUCCGAGUCCGUAUAGUUUGAAAGAAACCAAAAAUGAUGAUACGAGUAUUGAUAUUGAAAAAUGA